AUGCUCUCUACGUCGCAGAGGAUCUUGGUCCGCCAGAACGCGCGCGGCCUGCGCAAGAAUGCCCAGUUGUACCGCCAAACACCCAGGAGGUUCCAGUCUACGACGUCGGCGAGCCAGAAUGGAGUGGGAGCGUAUGUAGCAGCAGGCGUCGCAGGGGGUGCCCUUGUCGCAGCAUCAGGUGCUAACACAGGUUAUGCAUGGUACCAUUUCUCCGGCCUGAAGACAAUCGUGGACACUUCCAAGUCUGCAAAGGCAUACUUGCAACAAGCUCACGCAACAGUACAAGAAAAGGCCAAGAACCCCAACGAAGCCCUCGCCUACCUCCGCCAAACCGCCAAGACCUACGUCGGCCUCAUCCCGGGGCUCUCGUCCUACGUCGACAGCACGUUCGACGCCUUCGACGCGCUCGCGGAGAAGCACGGCGAUGAGGUGAACGCGAUCGCACGCAAGGGGUACGACGAGAUCCAGGCGAUCGUCGGCGAGAGCGGCGGCAAGGCCGAUCUGCAAACGGCGACGAAAAUCAUGAAUGUGCUGCAGGCGCGCGCGGGGGAGCUCCAGGAGUUGGCGCGCCGUGUGGGCGGCGACGCGGGCGAGCAGCUGUUUGAGCGGUACCCCCAGUUGAGGGAGAAGCUUGGUGGCGGGUAUGAGCAGUUGCGGGAGUUGGUGGAGAAGCAGGGGCCGGAGGCGAAGAGGAUAUUUGACGAUACGAAGAAGCAGGUGAUGCAGAUCCUGUCAAAGGGCAUGAGCCCGGAAGCGAUGAGCCAAGCGCAAGAGCUCGUGCAGUCCAAAGUCGCGGAGGUCCGCAAGCUCGCAGAGUCCUCGGCCAAGCAAGCAUGGGACAGCGGGCUGAACCAGGCGCAGCCCUACCUCGACCAGCUGCCGGAGAUCCGGCAGAUGCUCGAGGAGAACGCGGGCAAGUUCAUCGCGGCGGGGGCGGCGGCGCUGCCGAGUGGCGGGGGCGUCGCGAAGGAGGUGUUUGACCGCAUACGCGAGGUCGCGGAGAGUAAGGGCGGGAAGCAGAAGGAGAAGGUGGAGGAGCUGAAGAGGUUUGUGCAGGAGAAGGCGAGGGAGGCGGAGGAACGGGGGAAGGGGGGGAUGAGCAAUGGGUGGGAGAGUCUGGUUGCGUUUAUCAGGACGGUCCCUGGCGGACAGGAGAAGACGCCGAAUGCAAAGGAGUUCUUGAAGCUGUCGCAGGAACGCGGGGAUGACGCUAAGCAGUUGGCGAAGGAGACGUACGAGGAGAUAUUGCGGGUGCUGGAGGAGAAGGGGAAGGAAGCCAAAAAGCUGGCGGAGGAGACCAAGGACGAAGCUAAAAAGAGGAGUUAA